CACUCAGAAAAGAGGACCGUUGGUAGAACAUGGGCUUGCUAAGCUUUAGGGGGGACAAAGAGAGAUGAAUAUUACACUCUUACAGUAAUUAACUUCGUUGGUGAUGUCUAAUCACCUCGAGGAAAAAAUUUUCGUUCAUCCAUAGAUUACAUUCUAGCUGGUUAAACAAAUAAUAAUUUAAUUAACUAAUCACCAUUACUAGAUCCCUAAACCAUUAAUUUUCUCUGCUGCUGCUGCUGCUGCUGCUGCCAACUAUUUGCUUCUUUCUCCUCCUUCUCCAGCUCAACCUCCAUAUUCUGCGCAUUUUCAGACACAAAGGACAAAGCCCUCUUCUUCUCUUCUCUUGCUCUGCUCAGACUGAGCUCUGUUUUUAUGGAUUCAAAAAUAAAGAAGGUGCUGGAGCAGCUCCUGGGCCUGGGCCUGGUUAACUUUCGCAAGGACCGGAGCUCGGUCUCGCUGGUGUGCAAGGACUGGUACGAAGCGGAGCGGUUGUCUCGCCGCCACGUCUUCAUCGGAAACUGCUACUCGGUGUCGCCUGAGAUCGUGACCCGGCGGUUUCCGAACAUUCGGAGCGUGACCCUGAAAGGGAGGCCGCGGUUCUCGGACUUUAAUCUGGUCCCUCCGAAUUGGGGCGGCGAUGUUCAGCCUUGGCUUGAGGUGUUCGCCUCCGAAUGCCCACUCCUGGAGGAGCUGAGGCUGAAGAGGAUGACGGUGACUGAUGAGAGCCUUGAGUUUUUGGCUGUUUCGUUUCCCGACUUCAAAGCUUUCUCGCUUCUCAGCUGUGACGGGUUCAGCACUGAUGGCCUUGAAGCCAUUGCCACUCACUGCAAGAAUUUGAUUGAGCUCGACAUACAGGAGAAUGACAUUGAUGAUAAAAGUGGGGACUGGUUAAGUUGCUUCCCUGAAACCUUCACAUCAUUGGAAAUACUAAACUUUGCCAGCCUCAAUAGCAAAGUUGAUUUUGAUGCUCUUGAGAGACUUGUAAGUAGGUGCAAAUCAUUCAAGGUGUUAAAGGUUAAUAAAAGUGUAACCCUGGAACAACUACAAAGUCUUCUUAUCCAAGCUCCUCAACUUUUGGAGCUUGGCACCGGCUCAUUUUGGCAAGAGCUCACAGCUUCUCAGCAUUCACAACUUGAAAGAGCAUUUAGCAACUGCAAGAAUUUGCACACCCUCUCUGGCUUAUGGGAAGCAACGGCCCUUUAUCUCCCAGUUCUGUAUCCUUUCUGUACAAAUAUCACUUUCUUGAAUUUGAGUUAUGCUACUUUGCAAAGUUGGGACCUUGCUAAGCUUGUUGCUCAUUGCCCACUCCUCCGGCGCCUUUGGGUCCUGGACACAGUGGAAGACAAAGGGUUGGAGGCUGUUGGAUCUAACUGUCCUUUGCUUGAGGAACUCCGUGUUUUCCCUUCUGCUCCUGACGGUGAUGAUAUUGUCGAUGGGGUGACUGAAUCUGGGUUUGUUGCUCUGUCUUAUGGCUGCCGAAGACUCUGCUAUGUCCUCUACUUUUGUUGGCAGAUGACUAAUGCUGCUAUAGCAACCGUUGCACAAAACUGCCCUGAUAUCACCCACUUUCGUCUCUGCAUAAUGAACCCAAGGCAACCAGAUUACCUAACAAAAGAGCCUAUGGAUGAGGCUUUUGGGGCAGUGGUGAAGACGUGCUCUAAACUACAAAGGCUUUCAGUUUCAGGUUUAUUGACCGACCUUACAUUUGAAUACAUUGGGAAACAUGCCCAAAAUUUGGAAUACCUUUCAAUAGCCUUUGCUGGAGAAAGUGAUUGGGGGAUGCAGUGUGUGCUGGAUGGUUGUCCCAAGCUCAAGAAACUUGAGAUACGGGACUGCCCAUUCGGGGAUGUGGCUUUGCUCUCAGGUUUAGAGAAGUAUGAAUUUAUGAGGUCAGUUUGGAUGUCAGCCUGCAAUGUGACAAUGAACGCGUGUCGCUCAUUGGCAAGUGAGAGGCCAAAAUUGAAUGUUGAGGUAAUGAAGGAUGAUGGGAAUGAUGAAAAUCAAGCUGACAAAGUCUAUGUUUACCGUUCUGUUGCUGGGCCAAGAAAGGAUGCCCCGCCUUUUGUUCUCACGUUUUGAAGAUUGAAGCCUAUUGUGCUCACCCCUUUGAAGCUUACAAAAUACAUGAUAGGAACAUCUUGGACAAUUUGGUCCUCUGGGAUUGGGAUGAGAGCAAACAGCAGCAUACAGCUCCCAGUGGCUGGCUGGGUUGAAUCGGACAUAAACAGAUUUUGAUUAUCAGUUUUACUCGUGUGUUUGAAUAUUUUGCUUCCUAAACAAAUCAGCUAGCGCAUCAGGGCAUUGUUGAUAUCAGACUGACUGGGAUAGGCGUUUCAUUUGGGAGGAAGGAGGAGGGAUUCAAGCCGCAUUUGAGGCAUCUGAAAAUUUAACAACCAGAAGCUAGAUCUUUGACAAGAAAGAACAAGUGAUGUUUUUCGCAUUCAAAUAGUUGUUGGACUAAGAUACAUAGUCUCACCAUUGAUUAUGAUAAAUAACAUAGGCAUCUUCCUAAUCCAAGUGCGACAUGAAAGUCGUAUGUUGUUUUGGUCAAUUACUGUGGAGUGGAGUGGUGGACUAAGAUACGAAUCUCCCAUGCUGAGUGAGCAUCAUGAAAUUAUCACUUUAUCUAUUGUUUGAGUUUCUAAUAUUAGCCAAA